AUGCCUUUGGUGCGAACCAGCCACGAUGCCUCUUUUGCGAACUUCGCUCACCUCACAGACAAGUCUCUGGAGAAGGCACUGUUGGAGGAAAUACGUCAAAUCAAUGAAAGGGCGACUGACGUACGUGCACGCAUGAGCGAAGCAGAACAACAGGGUUUUGUGCACCUGUUGGGUCGGUACCUGGAGACGCGCUCCAGUGCGUCCGCGGCACUGGAUUGGGACCAGAUCCAGCCGCCAUCGGCGGAGCUAUUGCGACCCUACGCAGAACUACCCGAACCGAACGAAACUGAGGCGCGAGCGCUUCUAAGCCGCGUCGCUGUACUGAAGCUGAACGGAGGCCUCGGCACCUCGAUGGGGUGCUCGGGCCCCAAGUCCGUGAUCGAAAUCCGCUCGGGACAGACGUUUUUGGACAUUAUCGUGAAGCAGAUCGAGUCCAUCAACAAGCGGUAUCAAAUCAAGGUGCCUCUUCUCCUAAUGAAUAGUUUUAACACGGAUGCGGAUACACUGAAAGUCAUUCGAAAGUACGAGGAUCUCAUUCCGAUUCGUACGUUUCAGCAGUCUAGGUAUCCGCGUCUGGUGCGCGACACACUGCGACCCCUGUGCCUCGACUCUGAAGUGUACGACAAGGAGGACUGGUACCCGCCGGGUCACGGCGACAUGUAUGAUGCGCUUCUGCAAUCGGGCAUGCUGGAUCGGCUGCUCGCCGAGGGCAAGGAAUGGAUAUUCGUGAGUAACAGUGACAACCUUGGAGCGUCCUUGGAUACGCGGAUUCUCAAAGCAAUCGCGGAUCAUCAGGUUGAAUUUACAAUCGAAAUGGCAACGAGAACUCGCUCCGAUCGGAAAGGAGGCACGCUGAUCACGUACCAAGGCAAGCCGAGGUUGCUAGAAGUCGCGCAGGUCGAUAAGGAGCACUUGGGAGAUUUCCAGAACAUAUCCAAAUUCCGAGUAUUCAAUACCAAUAGUUUGUGGAUCCAACUCAAGGCGCUCAAGCGAAUCAUGGACAGAGGACCUGGCUCCAUGGAGCUGGAUAUUAUCCCCAACACGAAGACUGUGAAAGGCGAAACCGUGCUGCAGCUCGAGACGGCUAUGGGUGCUGCCAUUACCCAUUUCCAGCGCGUCAUGGGUAUUAACGUUCCACGGAGCCGUUUCCUGCCCGUCAAGACAACAUCCGAUCUGCUCUUGAUUCAAAGUAAUCUCUAUAAUAUCGUCUCGGGGUAUGUUAGUAUGAAUCCGGAGCGUCCGGCUGAACUCGGCACGCCAGUCAUUCGGUUGGGUCCAGAAUUCAAAAAAGUGAGCGACUUUAGUAGCCGUUUCGAGAGUAUGCCGGAUAUUUUAGAAUUAGAGUCAUUAACUGUCAGUGGCAGUGUGCGCUUCGGCAAACGCUGCAAACUGAGCGGUACGGUCAUCAUUGUCGCCCAGCCGGGAGCGUCUAUUGAUAUUCCGGCGGGGUCUCGGCUCGAGAACUGCGUGGUUACCGGUAACCUUCAUGUUUUGGACGUGUGA